AUGGACACCACAUGGAUCGGAAUAACCAUUUGCUUUGUUGGCUCUUUCCUUGGGGCAUUGGGAGACAAAUUAGUCCAUGACAGCUAUAUCAAAGAAGACGCGAAAAAAAAAAAAAAACACAUGUCCCAAAUGACUAUGUGGUUAUUUGGAACCCUACUCAGCGUAGUCAUAGACCCAAUACUCACCAUCUGUUCAUUGUAUUUCACCUCCGCUGCAUUAGUUGCUCCUUUUGCAGGAGUACACAUUCUGUGGAAUUUAAUCAUUACAAACAUUUCCUUGAAAAUCAGAACCAAGUUACAUCAAUACAUGGGGUCUUUUUUUUUAAUUUGUGGUAUUGCCUUAAUUAUAAUUUUUUCAGAAAAAAAAGUCGAUAUACAUAACAUGAACGAUUUAGCUACCUUGUAUAGUCAGACAAAGGUGAUCAUUUAUCUUGUCCUUACCUUCACCAUCAUCCUUACUCUGUUGAUAGUUUGUUUGCUUCCCUUUCUUUUCAAAGAUAUAAAAAAUGUUUCUUCCAAAAAUGAACAACUUUUAUACAUUAACAAAUUUGUUGCAAACACCUGCACACGUUCAUGUGAAAUAUCGGUUUUUACAAAAAUUGACACUCGUGCGAAAAUUUCGGGAACAGCAACUUCGUUUAAAUCUGGCAAGGGGGGGGAUUACCCUAACGGGAACUCCAUGGAGCACCCCUUGCAAUACCCCCUGAAGAGAACACAUGAUCACCUGAUCGUCCACAACAGAUCCGAUAAAGGAAACAACUAUGCACCUCACCCCAACGAUGGAAUAAUAACUUCAAGUCAGGUGGAAAAAUGCACACUGAAAAGACAUACCAAAGUGGGGAAAAAGACAAACAAUGCUGGCAGAAGAAACACACUCAUGAAUUACAGACCCAGUGGCUCCUUUCCGCGUCUACCUGCCAACCACACAUUGCCUAAGCAUCCAACUGAGAAAAUUAAAAAAAUUAAUUUCAAGUCAAGUAAGACGCAGAAAAAAAGGCACUCACCUCAAUUUCGCAAAAGCAAGUCUUCAUGGGAUGGGCAAAAGGGAUAUGUUCGGCGAACCCUACACAGAAAAUAUCCCCGCGUUAAUAGAAAGAACUCAGAUGUGCUAGGUAAAAAAAGUUCAAAAUGGAUCGAAUUACGAGAAGACCUCUACAGAGGUGAAAACAUCCCUCAACAGAGUAAAGUAAAUGAAAGUAACAAAAGUUACCAAAGCGGAAGCCACACAACGAGCUGCUCCAAAGCAGAACCGAUCAUAGAACCAAUUGCCGACGCACAUUGUACAUCUACACAUAAAAAAAAAAAGAAAAAAAACUUACUAAUAUCACACAACAAAAGUAUCACAAUGAUAAAAAAAAUUUUUCAAAAUAAGGACAAGCCGAAAUUAAAAGCAUGCAAGAAGAAACAAAAAAGUUUCCGCCGUUACACAAAUGCCCAUAAACAGAACGAUGGUACAGUGGAGGACCCCCCCGAACUGAGUCCCCAAUCGAGUCACCCCAGUUCAAUCGCAGGUAACGAAUCGUUCAGCCCAAUAGAUGUUCUUAAGGGUACCGACAAAAUGGAUUCGUGUGAGAAUUGGAAAAAUGUGGAACCCUUUUCGCUGAUGGUUUAUUCUCCCACACGUGAAAGGGGGAGUCCCGGGAAGGCAAGCGUCGCCAAUAGCCGCGAGGGAAGAAGUAGUAGUAGUAACAGAGGUGGACGAAGUGACCCAGUCCAGCUGCAAUAUCUUGCCCUCAUCGCAUCCAUCUAUCCGGCGGAAGCCAAGUCGAGCAGAAUCAGGCACCCAGAAAUAUUAUACAGAAUAUGCUGUUGCACAUUGUGUGGCAUGUCAGGAGGGUUCGUAAAUAUCUUUUCUGAACAAAUAAUAGGAAUUUUUUCCAAAGAAAAAUUUCAUAUGUUUACACACCCCUUUGCAUACGUACUCAUCAUGCUCACUAUCUUCUGCUUAUGCAAUCAGUUGUUCUUCCUGAACAUCUCGCUGUCUAAAUUUAGCGUCACUUCAGUCAUCCCCCUCAUCAUGUCCAACAUAGUCUUCUUCAGUAGCCUCACAACUAUAAUCAUGAGAGAGGAACAAUCUGUAAUCCACUCCACCAACGCUGUGUUCUUCUCCCUUGGAGUCCUCCUCGUCAUUAUCGGCAUACUAUACCUACAGUACAAUAUAAACCGAAUUCUCUUGCGCUUCUUCAAACCGAAAAAAGGAUUAUCCAUUGGUGUUCCACCUUUUCACAUUUACACCAAGCGGAAGUUACCCUGGAGCAUAUUUUCAGCAGAAGAGGACCAAACACAAAUUAUCAACGACGACAGUGGCAGCUGCAUCGGCAGACAGGCAACCCACACAAAUUUGGGAAGAAAAAAAACAAAAAAAAAAAAAAACGCCAUACACAUAAGCGGAAACGACCUGUUCGAAUAUUUCGCCACCUUAACCAACGAAGAAGACAAAAUGAAUGAAGAAAAAAAAAAAAAAAAUAAAACAUACUCCGUCACGUAUAUCCAAAAACUGCCCAAAAAAAAUCUCCUCUUAAAAAGAUGGAAAUACGACCUGUAUGAAAAAAUUAAAGAGAAAAUGAAAAGGGACUAUGAGAUAAUGAGCAGAACUAAAGUGUGUAGACGCAAGUACAAACUGCCUGUUGAUUUUUUCAAGCUAGGGGAUCAGGUCAGAGGAAAAAUUGUCCAGGUAGAGAACCACCUGAUUAAGCUAGACGUAAACGCAAUUAACUUUGCGCACCUCUACAUUAAACGCUACUUUGAAGACAAAGCGCAACUGGGUAAGAAGUACCAGGUGGGAAAACACAUCGACGUCGUCAUAUGCUACAUCCACAAAAAAAAUGGGAUCAUUCAGGUCACCGACAAUGAAGAAGAAAUUAAGGCGCUGCGGCGAAGCUUGCAGAAGUUGAGAGACGCAGGCUUUUUGCCGUCUCGCACUGGGGAGGGGGCAAACGGGACAGCAGGUGAGGCGACAAAUCGGACAGCAAUUUCGACGGACAAUUGGACAGUAGACGACGCGCGAAACGAAUCCGUGGCGGAACUCCCAGAAGGUCCCGCGGAAGACCUAACCCCGGACCACACACAUCAUGACAACACCGCCAAUAGAGGUGACCCCCCUGAACAGGUGAAGAAAAAGCUAGGCGUGGACUUCCGAACCAACGAGGAGGAGCAAGAUCUCAUGUACAUCAAGGAGGAAAGCCCAUCCAACAGGAAAAAAAACAUUACACACUUCAAGAUUGAAGACACAGUAAGUGGAGUAGUUCAAUACAUAAACGAAGAAGGGGCCUACAUAAACAUCGGGUGCAACACGUUAGCAUUCUUAAACCUAGGUCACUACAAUAGGGACCCCAGAACACUAAUAAAAGAUGUGAAAAAAAAAAAAAUAUCCAUUGGAGAUUACCUUAAGAAUUUAAAAGUUAGAAAAAUCGAUGUGCUCAGUAACAGAAUUGAAGUCACCCUGUACAACCCGGAGGAAGAAGCUUGUUUGCGUAUUUUAAAUCAGCAAGAGACUGUAAAGGAGCAAAACAAGUACAUGCCAUGUCCUUCAUACGUUACACAAAACUACCACAUGAUUAAUUAUUUAAAAAAAUUUAAUGAAUUGAAAAGGCAAAAGAAAAAAAACAUACAUAAUUUGUUCGACAAGAAAGAACAGCUAAAUGAAUUAAAAAAUAUUUCUCAUUUGAAGAAAAGCCAAUUUGCUCCUUUCAUGAUGCGAUACAAUGAACUGACCUCACCCAAUACGAACUACCAAGACAUGCUAGAGCAGCAUGCAGACAAUGAACAGUUCUUAAAAGAAAUAGGUGCACUGCCCAGCCAAGACGAUGAACAGAAAGAAGAACAUUUCAGCCUCGAAUCGUUGAAAAAGCAAAAUAAAGCCUUAAAGGAUGAAAUUGAAAGAUAUAGGGAUAGGUCUUCUUCCAACACACACAACACAGAUGAGGAUAGCAGCCACGAAAUGGAAGAAGCUCCAUUCAGAUCGAACGAAAUGAUGCAACAAAAUUUAAAUAAAUUCUUCAUGAACAAUGUUAACGACUGGGAUGAUGAAUCCAUGGACAAAUGCUCCACUGGCAGAAACACUGAUAGGUGGGAAGAGGAAGACCAAACCAUCCCCAUGGAAGAUGACUCAGAUGAUUUUUUCCGUCUCUACCAUGAACGUGCUAACCAGAAAUUAAGAAACAAACGAGACGACAGUGUUCAGGAUGGAAACAAACAAACACUCAUGUACCUAAAGGAUAACAUCCACAAGAUUAAAGAAAAUGUACUUAGUGAGGGAAGAAAGAAGACUGAUGUGAAAGCGAAGAUUGGUGACAAGGUGAACAGCACAUCUGUGCAAGCCUCAAAUGAGAUGCUACACCGAUGGAACCAAGUCCUAACCGGCGAUUCGCACAAAAGGGAAAGCGCUACAUAUGAUGGAAUGGGUGAGAGGAAGGACUCUGCAAAGGGGGGACAACCCGACUGGGCCAGGUACUUGGAAGAAGCGGAAGAGGAUGACGACAUCGACGAGUCGGACGAUGAGGGACAAACCCCAGGACAGUAUCCCCACGGCCACCAGGGCAAAGACAAACCCACAGACCUUUACUACAUAAACGAGAAAGAAAAAAAAAAAAAACUUAAAAGGAGGAACAUCUUUCGGGAUGACGAACAAGUGCAGGAGGACCUGUCCAUGGGGGAGGACCCCAGCAGCUACUCCGACAAUCACAGGGACAAAUUCGGGGGCGAUUUCACCCACGGAAGGGACGACAUAGGGGAUGGUAUACAAAGAAGUGAUGAGCAAAGUAUUGACCGAGAGCAAAGCAGUGACGGUGAUGAAGGCGAUGACGCGGCCGGCGAACGCUCCUUCUUUAACGUUAAAAAAGAACUCAAGUACAUCUUCAGCCAAAACCUAAGCAUGACCCUCCCCAAGGACGAACAGAAGUGCAUAGAGGAAGCGUCCAAGCUCUUCGGAGAUGACAUCAACACGUGGAAUGAAAAAAUGUACUACUACUUUGGCGACAGAGAUCAGGUUCCCCUGGAUGGGUUCGAUAUUUAUGAGCAGGACGAAUUCAGAAACAACCUAGUGGAUCAGGGGGUCCAGGAGUUCAGUGAGUACCAUAAGCUGCUCGACGAGCAGCAGUUUGAUGUGACCAGCGAGAGGGACUUCUUGGCCGCCACGUAUGGUGCUGCUACAGGGGGGGCACCUGUAAGCGGUCCGAAUGAAUGUGGUCCGAAUGAAAGUGGUCCGAAUGAAAGUGGUCCGAAUGAAAGUGGUCCGAAUGAAAGUGGUCCGAAUGAAAGUGGUCCGAAUGAAAGUGGUCCGGAUGAGAAGGGUAAAACAGGGAAUGGCCUUACUGGCGCAGACCCCGUCAACGAAGGAACCAACGAAGGAACCAACGAACGAGGAGGCACAUCAACAACGCAGCAAGCCAAAAUGAGUGAAGCCCUCAUGGAGGAUGAUCUCGAAAAUUACUUGAGCACCUUCGUGGAUGAGGAGGCUGAGAAGACGCAGCAGGAUGAUCUGACCAACGAACUGCAGAAUCCACCCUAUAAAGAACCGCACGCAAAAAAGCACACACAAAAUUGCGUCCCUGAUUUACACCCCCCAGAAUUAAACCUGAAAGGGGAGAAGACAGACGUAGGGAAGAGGACCGACGAAAGAUCAACCACCUGGAGGGACAACAUAAAAUCGGUGGACUGCCUCAACAACGGAGGUACCCCUCAACCAAGUGGUUAUGUCGAGAUGGACAAAGGGGACUCAACGGAAGGUGCAAACUCUCCUAAUGAAAAAGAAAUAAAUGUGGAAGACAUUGUAAAUAAGGCCAUAAACAUUGGAAAUCUGUUCAGAAGGAAGGAGCUGGCAAAGCUGAUGCAAAGGAAGAAGACGCAAGAGUGUGAAACAGAGGGCGGUGCUGCUCAUGCAGGUGGUGAGAAAUUCCCCCGUGGAGGUGAUGAGCAGUACAGCUGCCCGCAGGGACUAGUGAAGGACCCAGCAACCAAGCCAUUCCUAAGAGUUAGCAAAAUUGUGAAGCAGGGGGAGAAGGAGGAAAUAGCCCCCCUGGAUGUGAAAGAAGGCGAACAUCAAGAUCAGAACGGAAUGAGCAACGUGCAGGAGGACGCACUCGGAAGCAGCGUCCAGGAGGACCACGAUGAACUGAAACCAUACAGGCACGCAUCCUACGAGGUGCUAGGAUACUACAAAAGGAAAAGAAAAAUGAGAAACUUUCACGACUUGGAAGAAGUCGAUGCAGGAAAUGAAGAGGACGUCGUUUUAAAAGAUGAAGAUUUGUUGGGCAAGUCCACUGAAGACACAGGAAGUGAAGACAAGAAUGACUCCCUCGAAGAAAAGAAAAAAAAAGAACAUUUGAAUCUGGACCGACAAAUGGAUCUGCUCUUCCUACAUGGACAGGAGGACAAAUUGACGGGAGGAAAUUACGUGGAGAAAUUACUGGGCGAGGAAAAAUAUAAAAAUAAAAAUGCCAACAAGGAAAUCGAUUUCCUCAUUCAAAAUUAUAAAUACGUAAAUGAACACCCUGAUGAGCUGAUUCAGGAUUUUUAUAAAAACAAGGAGGUCGAGACAAACAAAAAUAUGGAUCUGUCAAAUGGAGGCAUCACUAAUGUAGUGAAGGAACCAAAUGGACAAGUGGAAAAUCGCCAAAGGGGAAUAACAAACGAUGGGGUGUACGAAACGGAAAAGGGGAAAAAACUUCCAACAACAAAAAAUUCAGUGAGGGAAAAAACACAUACAGCGCAGUCAACACAUUUUAAUAUAAAACAAACACACGGAAUUGAAACAGAAGCCAAUCACAUGUCUGAUGAAAGCCUAGCCCUCAGAUCCUUGUCGUUAAAAUUGGGUCUUUUAAAAGAAAAACAUAUGCACCUUGAUGACAAGUCCCUGAUUAACCUAUUUGUGAGGAACAAAAAAUUUAGAAGAGCCUUAAAAUCCUAUGGCAUUAAAAAUGUGAAAAAUAUUUCCAUACCCCUUAUUUAUAAAAUCACCAAAAUGCUUUAUUUUGAGCGACCCUUCCCUAGGAAGGAGCAAACGAGAAAGUUGAACAUGGAUUAG